AUGUCCUCAGCCAACCAGGACGAAGAUAGGCAUACGCAAGUAAAUGACCCUGCGAUAUUACCUACAGAGCCGCAAUGUUCUACGACGCCUACAAGAGAUCCUAGCGCUUGGCUAUUGCACCUUCAGCGCUGGAAGAAAGCGUUGAUCAAGUUCUUAUCCUUCAUCGGUCCUGGCUUCAUAAUCGCUGUUGCUUAUAUUGAUCCCGGAAACUACUCUACAGACAUCGCCGCCGGUGCAUCCUACCGCUUCAAGUUGCUCUUCAUCGUCUUGUUGUCCAACCUCUUUGCUAUCUUUCUCCAAAGUCUUGCUAUCAAGCUCGGCACUGUCAGCGGACUUAACCUAGCCGAAGCCUGUCGAGCAUUUCUACCGAGAUGGCUUAACAUUAUACUGUACAUAUUUGCUGAAAUCGCCAUCAUCGCGACCGAUAUCGCUGAGGUCAUCGGCUUUGCAAUCGCACUCAACCUUCUCUUCCCAAAAGUCCCUCUCGUCGCAGGAUGUGCCAUUUCCAUUGCAGAUGUUAUGGUUAUCCUGCUGUUCUACAACCCCGACAAGUCCAUGAGAGGUCUGAGGAUAUUCGAGUACUUUAUUCUGUGCCUGGUUAUGGGAGUGGUGAUAUGCUUUUGUAUCCAGUUGUCGUUGAUACAAAACACUUCAGUUGGAGAAGUGUUCAAAGGAUACCUGCCAUCGAAGAGCAUUGUAGAACAGCAAGGGUUAUAUCAGGCGUGCGGUAUUCUGGGCGCGACCGUCAUGCCGCACAGCCUGUACCUAGGCUCUGGUAUUGUCCAACCUCGUCUACGCGAAUACGAUGUCAAGCGAGGCCUUGUGCCUCCCGGCCCGUCCCCAAGCAGUACAGGCAAUCAAGUUUCGGAAAAGACCUACUAUAUCCCAUCGCUCGAAGCUAUACAAUCCUCGCUAAAGACUUCCAUCGCCGAACUCGCCAUCGCCCUCUUCACCUUUGCCCUCUUCGUCAACUCGGCUAUCCUAAUCGUUGCCGGUGCCUCUUUAUAUCAGAACCCCGACGCCGUUGACGCCGAUAUCUUCAGUAUCCACGAUUUACUCGCAUCGUCGAUCUCUCCUGCAGCAGGAAUAUUGUUCGCCCUGGCUCUACUGCUAUCCGGAAUCACAGCGGGUAUUGUCUGUACUAUCGCCGGCCAGAUGGUCAGCGAGGGUGCUCUCAACGUCAAAAUGCGUCCCUGGCUACGCCGGUUGAUGACAAGAAGUAUCAGUAUCACGCCAAGUAUCAUCAUCGCUGGCGCAGUAGGCCGGUCCGGCCUCAACGCUGCCCUCAACGGUUCGCAGGUAGCGUUGAGUAUCGUUUUGCCCUUUGUCACAGCGCCUCUUAUUUACUUCACGAGCAGGAAUAAGUUCAUGACUGUUAGAUCCGGUCCUGCACGACUCCAUGUUGAAGGACAACCGACGUUGAUGACGGGACAGAGGAAUGAUGAAGAAGAUGUGAAAAUGCGGAAUGCAUGGUAUACUACGGCUAUUGCAGUUGUGAUAUGGCUGAUCAUUGCUAUUAUGAACGUCGCCAAUCUGGUGUUGCUUGGCAAGGGCCAGUAG